AUGGGGGAUGGGCACGCAGCGCCAAAUCAAGGGUUUGAUGGAUAUCGGGAGUAUUUUGUAGGGAAGCAGCGGCUCCAGAAAGCGCAGGAGGAGCAGCUGCGGGGUGUGUGCGGGGCACGCACACCUAUCUUUCGAGGGUGUCGGGUGCACGUUAAUGGGCACACCGACCCCGACAGGGAAGAGCUUCGGCGCGAAAUCGUGAUGCAUGGGGGGACGUUUGUGCACUAUCUGGCGAGGCCGAGUGAUGUAACGCACAUCGUGGCUGAGCACGUACCAGUGGCGAAGCGUAGACUAUGGCACGCGUGCAAGGUAGUGCGGCCUGCGUGGGUGUCGGCGUGCUUGUGUAGCGGGGAGCUUGUACCCUGGAAGCCUUACGCGGCCGCAGGCACGGAGGCCGCAGCGACCAUUAUGGCCUCUGUUGGGAGUCCACAGGGGCCGCGACUCACUUGCAAGGAUCCUGGAUUCAUUGAGGACUUCUUUGCCAAAUCGCGCCUGCAUCAUCUCUCGGCCUGGAAGGCGGCUCUACGCGAGAGGUUUCUCGACAGGCAUCUCCGGAUGAAUGAAGGUGCGCUAAAUGAUUUGCGGGCUCCACCAGCACACGUCCUCCACGUGGAUUUUGAUUGCUUUUUUGCGACUAUUUCAGGCAUCAAGGCGGGCUAUCCAAGCAAGGCCGAAGUACCGUUGGCAGUGUGUCAUGGGGGUUCAUCUUCGGACGUUGCCUCCUGUAAUUAUGCUGCUCGGGAAUGUGGAAUACAAAAUGGCAUGUGGGUCUCCAAAGCCAAGAACUUGUGCCCCCAACUGGUUUGCCUCCCCUAUACCUACGAUGAAUACGAAACGAUUUCGAAUGCCUUCUACGAGGUAUUGGAGGGUUUAAAGGCUUUCGACGCAGUGUAUCCAAUUUCGGUGGAUGAGGCUGUCUGUGUUAUUGACAUGCCGCUCGAUACACUUAGUUGUCAAAACUUGUGUAUACGCAUCCGAUCAGAAGUAGCAGAGCGCACAGGCGGCUGUUCGGUAAGCGUGGGGUGCGCACCGUCCUUAGUUCUAGCCCGGUUGGCUCUCAAACGUGCGAAACCUGAUGGCUAUCUGGUUUGCACUAAAGAAUCAAUUAAGGGGGGUGAUACGCAGGUCGUAUCUCCUGCACAUCUAUUUGAAACGUGUGCCCUACGCGACCUUCCAGGCGUAGGUAGAGCAAUUGCAGAAAAGCUUUUAUUAGGAUCCACAGGCCAUGAGCAUACUAUUGCUCAGGUUAGCCAAUUAUUUUCACGCUCCGAAUUGAUAGCACGGCUGGGAUCUAUAACAGGUGCCAAGUUGGCAGAUUUGUUUCAGGGGCUCGACGAUGUAGAGUCCAGUAGAAUGCUCUGUAACCCCAGAGCAUACUUUGCGCGAAAGUCUUUAUCUGUUGAAAUCAACUGGGGUAUCCGCUUUGAUGCUGUCCCGGAGGUUGAUGCCUUUCUUGAUCGCCUUGUCCAGUAUCUGGUUGGUAAGCUCAAUGAGCUCCGCAUGACCACGUCCCAUAUUGUUUUGAAAAUAGCACGCAGAAGCAGGGAUGCCCCCAUCGAACCCCCCAAAUACUUGGGCAUGGGUGACUGUGACAGUUAUAGUAAAUCGUGCAGAUUAGGUCUUGCUACCAAUAUUCCUGGGGUUAUAUCUGCAGAGAUAAAGGCAGCUUUUCGCAUGCUAUGCUGCCCCGCAAAGGAACUGCGUGGUAUAGCCGUUCAGUUUCUUAAACUGAAGGAGGCAUCCAUUUCUCAAAUGCCCCGUCAGCUCAGGUUUCCAUUUGGUACAAUCAGACCUUUAACAACUCCAAAGAAUCGUAUCACAGCGUCGGUUACAGAAUUGCCACCUGUAGUUUAUAAAAGGGCCACUCCUAUUAAGGAUUUUUUUGACCGGCACAAGAGGACCUCGAGUUCACCAUCACCUGAUUUCACUCACAUGAUGUCUGCGUCAGCCUUGUGCGAGUCAUUCCUGGGUGGAUUACCUACGGAUCUAGCGGAAGAAAUCAGAAGAGAGCAUAGAAUCUAUCAAAAAGCAAGACGUUCUUAUUUGCAAAGUUCUCGAAAGAGAAUUGGGGCAGGCGCCCAUGGUAAUAAGUCCGAUCAUGCUCUUAAAAAUUUAGGAAUCCUUGAGCCAGUUACCUUCCAAAACUUGAUCUCCCAGGAGAAGAUAAAGAGCUUAGUACGAGAGUGGAUCUCUCAAACCUUGCGAUCUGAUGGCCCCAAUCAUAAAGACCUGGAUCUUUUCACCAACUAUCUCGAUAGACUAAUUUCCGGGGGUCCUCGAAGGCUCCCUACCCUCCUCUCAAUGGCGCGCCUGAUAUCAGAUCAAUUGCGGAUACACGAGGCACAGGGCGAUAGGCCAAGCUUCCAAGAAUGGGAAGAGUACCUAGUCAGGGUCGUCCUGGUAAGACUGAACCGCUGCAAGCAGCUCUAUACACAAAAUGUAGAGAUUCUAUUCGAUAUAUAUCCGCAGAUAGACCGCCCAUAA